UUCGCAACUAGCUGUCCUACUCUGGCAUCGACUUGAAAGACUGACAGUAGUUAGUACUAGUAGCCGUAAAAGCCCAUUAUUAUUGUAGAGGUCUUCAGUGUUUUUACCUUCUACGUCAAUUCUUCGAUUCCAGGAAGUAGGCCUGCCAUCAGAUAGCACAUUCAAAUUACGAUUGUGCUCCCCUUUUCACUAGUUUUAGCACUUUUUUGUAGCACGUCGCAGAUAGCUAGCAAAUAUUCAUGUUAGCCUUAAAACUUUUGUUCGUGUUCUGCCUCUCUCUUACAUGACAAGCUAAUCGUCCGAGGUAGUUGUAGGUAGUUGUUACUGUAUUAUAACACUUUUAGGGUGCGUUUUCUGUAAAAAGGGCAAUAAUGGCUACCGCGCCGCCGUCGUCACUCCAGCUACGAGCGACAGAUGUAAUCCGAAAAGAGCACCUGGACGACGGCGGGUUUGGGGAGGUGUACUUGUGCUAUCAUGUCCACCUGGGUCCUGUGGUGAUGAAGACCAUGUACACGGGUCCUCUUCGCAAUGAGGAGAGCAAGCGGUCUCUGCUGGAGGAAGGUAGCAUUAUGGCCAGCCUGAACCACGAGCGGGUAGUCAGGUUGCUGGGCGUCAUCAUGGAAGAGCGAGGCUGCUCUCUGGUCAUGGAGUUGAUGCCCAGGGGUAACCUUUUGGCCAUGCUGGAGAAGGUCAUUGUGCCCAUAUCAAUUAAGGGCAGGAUUAUUUUAGAGAUCUUGGAAGGCAUGGUUUACCUUACUGAGAGGAAAGUCAUACACAAGGAUAUCAAACCGGAGAACAUUUUAAUUGACAAAGAUUUUCACAUCAAGAUCGCUGACCUUGGCCUUGCCACCUGCAAGACAUGGAGUAAACUCACCAAGGAGGAGUCCCUCAAGAGAAGUCGCAUGCGGCCAUCAGUAAGGACGAGAGCGGCGGGCACGCUGAGCUACAUGGCGCCCGAACAUUUGGAAAGCAUCCAUGCCCCCUCCACCGAGAAGUCCGACGUCUACAGCUUCGCAAUCGUGGUCUGGGUGAUUGUCACUGGCAAAGAGCCCUAUGAAAAUGCAAGGAAUGAAGAUCAAAUCAGCCAGUGCGUCCGCAUUGGCAACCGCCCAGCAAUGGACCUCAUCCCUGACGACAUGCCAAAAGAGAUCAUUGAUCUCAUGGUGAUGUGCUGGGCUCACAACCCACUGCAAAGACCAACGUUUCUUGAGGCCCACAACCUAUUCCAUCCCUUCUACGAGACCAAGCUUGCACCACACGUGGAGAGAGAUUUGGUAUAUCUACAUUCUCUAUACGAAGGCCCAGAUCAGCUUGUCGACAAGAUGAAGUCAUUGUCACUGACUGAUGAAUGCAUUUCAGCUGAUAGUCCAGCUUUUCUAGAGAGUGCUGACGGUAGCGUCAAUGUGCCGGUAGAAGCCAGUAUUGAGGACAUCGAUGGCAUCCCAUCUGAUAUGAAUGCAGACUCCGUGGCCGCCCAGCGUGAGCCAGAACCACAAGUUUCUUUGGAGGAGAAACUGCAACCAGAGUUAGACUACCACAAACAUGGCAGCUACAACUGCAACAGCCAGUCUGACAUUGUCAAUAGCCAGCAUCGGAAAACCCCGCAAAAUAUUCUGCCUAAUUUAACAAAUGACACCCUUAGCCAGUCAGAGAACAACACACCAUUCGUGUCCUCUGUCCAUUCCUGGACGAAAGCAGAACCAGUGCAGCCCAGCAGUCAGGAAGAUGAUUGGUAUCAUCCAGCGACUCAUUUUCAGGAAUCAAUGACCACUUCCCCACUGAAGCCAUCAGUCUUACAAACAUCUACCAGCAUAAAUAAUCUGCCAUCUUUCAAUCAAAAACAUCCAGAUUCCUAUUUCCGGCAGCGAUCCUGGCCUAUUUCCUCAGUAUCUGAAACGUCAGAGUAUGGCAGCAAUUUAAGGAAGAGUGGGACAGCACAAGAUUAUGGCUCUCUUUACAUUAGCAAUGCCAGAGGGAUCCAGAUAGGCAACAACAACAACCUCAGUAUUCACACCCAUGACCCCACUCGACAUUUUUUGUCUCUUCCUGGUAACAUAUGGACCAGCUCUCAGCUCAGAGAAGGACUACAGAAAUAUGAGGACCGUGCUGUGACCGAUGAGCACCUUGAUGUACUGAGGAAAAACAUUGGUGCCAAAUGGAAGUCUUACGCAAGACGUCUUGGUUUGAGCGAUGUAGAGAUAGAGACCAUCGAGCACGACUUCCACCUGGAUGGCCUGCCGGAGAUGGUGCACCAGACACUUCAACACUGGAAAAUGAAGGAAGGGAGUCUUGGCUGUACAAUCGGGAAGCUUUACUGUGCUCUUGAAGGUAUCAUUGACGUUGAUGUAAUUCUGAAAAUUCUGAACAUCUGUGCUUGUACUUCGUACACCAAAUGAGCUUCUUUCUUACAAAUCUCCCCAUUCAAUCGAUUAUUUUCCAGACUUGCAAUACUAUAUGUUAUACUAGUUUUAGUUUCUCAUACUUAAGUUUCAUUGGAAUGGAGCCAAGCAGAAACCUGACAGAAAUUGUGGGUAGGUGCCAACUCAAUUGAAAUUUCCAUAAUAUGUUUGUAUUUCCAUGAAUCAUGACAGUACUUGUGCAUUGUGCUUAUUGCUCUUAUAGAGCCAUAUUCUCCUUUAUACAUUUAGUAAACUAUGUGGAGCUUAGUGUCAGAUACGCACUCAGGGUGAAGCGACCCUAAAAUGUGAGCGUUCUUUUGUUAAAUUUUGCCUUUUAAACAGUCUGUGGUAAACUUAGCACUUUUCCUACUAUGCACUCUAGAGGCUCAAGAAGAUUCAGCCCUCUUUCAAGGUGAACCUUGCUAUAUAAAACUUGAAAACUUUCAGUUAGAACAUAUGUUGCCACAUGUAAGCGAGUUCCAGAAAGCUAUCAUGAGUAUUUAGAGAACCAACAAAAGGUAUAAUAUUGAGUUCACGAAAGAGUCUAUUGAAGCAUUCUAGUUGUUAUGAUUAUCAGGAAACAUCAGUGCCAGGUGACUUUAGUUCAUAUACAACUACCAUGAGCAAUUGCAUUUCAAAACAACGUUAAAGGACAAGCAUAGAUAUAACAUUGUUACAAUAAAAGGAAGUAUGUAGUUAAAAAAACAGCUGAACCGACCUUUGGGGGUUUUGAUGACCACCAACAUUUUUACUUUCUUCAGUAGACAAGAUUCAUUGUUUUCACCCACCACUCAGCCAAAGAGCUGCGUACUGUCCUUUUUUGUGUUAAAUUGUGUUAUUUGAAAUGCUGAUGUUUUUUUUUUUCUUUAAACACAGUUACACUGCAUUUUUGUUAAACCUUUGAAAUAUGAUGUAAUGGCAUCUGGUUUUGGAGAAUAUCUCAGCACAGAAACUGAGGACUGCUGGUCGGAUCGCGGUGUCAUCCUUUAGCUUUUUAUAAACGUUCUGUAAAUUCUGAUCUGUCCUGUAGAUAUGUAGUUCUAUUAAAUACAGCUGGAGAAUAAACUCUUCAACAAAGAAUUGUCGCCCCCAAGUUCUUCUCCAUCAACAUACAUUGACCUGUUAGGUCAAAUGCAAUUAGCUUGUGCUUAUUUAGAUAUUAUUUGCAUCAUUUUUACCAUGAAAAUAGGUAAAGCCCAAAUAUUGUUGGAAUUUGCCCAAUCAUUGACUCACCAUCCAGUCAAUAUGCAAAACAGUAAAUGUUUUACUUGCAUGAUUUCAAAGGAUAAUGCCAUGGUUGAUAGUGUUGUUUAUUGUACUCACUGAUUACAGUAACAAAUUACACAUAACAUUUAUGUAUUGAUAUUUGUGUUGUACAAUACAAGUGCACUACGUCAAAGGUGUCACAUCUUUGUUCUAAAUGGAGUGCAUUCAUGCAGAUAUUAAUUAAACAUGUUUAGACAAUACUGGAAAUAACUCGAUAUAUGGAUGGCAGUUCUUCACUUGCAACUGUUUCUGUAUGAAUGACAAGCUAAUCCCACGUAGUAAAGUCAUCUCUUGAAAGGCUUAGAAAUUGCUGUAGGGAACCCAAAUGGAUUUUAUGUCAGGGUUUAUGCGGGUCAUAAAAAGCAUUAAAAGUCAUUUAAUAGAUUUUGUCAAAAUUUAGGCCUUAAAAAGCAUUAAACUAAAUGUUCCAGGCAUUAAAAAUUAUGUACACUUGACGGUUUAAAAAAAGUUUUUUACAUAAGUUGUUUAAAGCAAAGAAGGGUCACUCAUGGCUCAAAAGAAGUCUUCCCUU